UUUUUUAUACUGUUAAUGUUUUGUUUAUUUAGUCUUCGAUUGGAAAAUUCAAUUAUUUAUUGUUUGUUGCAGACGGGAGCCCUGGAAGGAGCACAUUUCCGCAAAACUGGCCGACUUGUGUCACUGAGUGAGCAACAACUGAUCGACUGUUCGAGCAAAUAUGGCAACAAAGGAUGCCACGGCGGUCUCGUGGACCAGGCCUUCACAUACAUCAGGGACAACAAGGGUAUUGACAAGGAGGACACCUACCCGUAUGAGGCUGCUGAUGACACCUGCCGUUACCGCCCUGCCGACAAGGCCGCAACCGACAAGGGUUACCACGACAUAAAACCAUCCAUUACACUAAAGUCUGCAGUCAGACUAUUUUGUUCUGAAUCAGUCAAAUCGUGGGUAUACUGCUAAAACACACUAAGUCGA